CGCACGCGCACUUGUACGCUACGUCAGCCUUCUCUCUUUGCUUGUGUAGAAUCUACGUGGCUUUACACCGAGACCUCGCAGUUCAGUGAGCACCGCUUCAGCAGCAGCGUUUACUCACACAGCCCGAAGCAGACAUGGAUCAGGUCAUGCAGUUUGUCGAGCCCGGCCGCCAGUUCGUCAAGGACUCCAUCAGGCUCGUGAAAAGAUGCACGAAACCAGACAGAAAAGAAUUUCAGAAGAUUGCGAUGGCCACAGCGAUUGGGUUCGCCAUCAUGGGCUUCAUCGGAUUCUUCGUCAAACUCAUCCACAUCCCCAUCAACAACAUCAUUGUUGGUGGUUGAAUCAACACUAUCUAAAACCUCUUCAGUUACUGAAAACAUGGAACUGCGCUUGACGACGGACUGGGACUGAAUUUGUAGAUUCAAUGUUCUGUUUAUUGUGAUUUUCUUUUCUUUGUGGUAAGUUUUAAUAAAACAAAGAAAAUAAAUA